AUGUGUCAGGCUUCCCCGGAAAUCACAUGGGAGAUCUUUACCUACCUCGACAUUCGGACGCUUCUGAAUGCAUCGCUUGCAUCCCGCUCAUGGCGUGAACGUAUCCUUGACUCGGGUCUGUGGAAAUUCAAGUAUAUUCAUGAAGGUUGGGAAAUGGACACGGGCGCAAUUCGUGCGUUUGAGCAAGAGCAUUCCGAGGCUAUGUCGCCCCAGACCCGGAAGUCCCGCCUACGACACUCGGAACUAGAUAUCGGGGAACCCAAGCAGAAAAAGCGCGUGCCGUCGACCUGGCUCGAUUCACGAAGCGAUGAAAACCAGAGACCGACCGUGUUUGACCCUGUCCCCCCGGUGGCCGAUAGUGAAGGCGAUCACCACAUGACUGAUGAUGACGACCAAACUGCACCUUCGUUCGCUGAUGACCCGGAGUCCAUUCUGCCAACUAAUAUUCCCGAAUCCUCUUCGCCGCUGUACCCACCUCUGCGGUCGCAUCUUCUCAUGCGAGAUGCCAGCGGAAGUGCCAGAGUCAACUAUUUCCACGUCUACAAGCAACGCAGGCGCCUCGAAGCAAAUUGGCAUCAAGGCCGCUAUACCAAUUUUCAACUUCCUGACCCAUCCUAUCCAGACGAGGCCCAUCGCGAAUGCGUAUAUGCGAUCCAGUUCGAAGGCCGAUGGCUAUCCGUACUUUGCCUGCAAUUUGACCCUCAACCCGAGGAAGACAUCAUCAUCUCUGGUAGCAGCGACAAGUCCGUCAUCAUAUGGAAAUUCUCCACGGGAGAAAAGAUUCGGCAAAUUGAAAACGCGCAUUUCGACUCGGUGCUCAAUCUCAAAUUCGAUCAUCGUUACCUUGUAACAUGCUCCAAAGACCGAACUGUGAAGGUAUGGAACCGCCGAGAUCUUCUCCCGAAUAGCAAGGAUUAUCCGCGUAUCUGCCAUGGAUCAGGCGCCACAUAUCCUGCGUGGAUAAUAGAUAUCGACAAGGUUUCACCGAGUUUUCUUGAAGCCGGUAUUGCACACGAUCAAUUCAAAGCUCUAGAGCCUUACACGUUGCUUAUGACUGUGGAAGGACAUGGAGCUGCCGUGAAUGCAAUGCAGAUUCAUGGUGAUGAUAUUGUGACAGCAUCUGGGGAUCGAGUGAUUAAGGUCUGGAACAUUCGCACUGGUGCAUGCUCGAAGACCUUGAUGGGCCAUGAGAAAGGCAUUGCAUGUGUUGAGUUCGACAGUCGAAGAAUCGUCAGUGGGAGCAAUGAUAACUCUGUUCGCAUCUACGAUCAUGCCACCGGAGCCGAGGUGGCGUGUCUGCGAGCUCAUAGUAAUCUCGUUCGCACCCUUCAAGCAGGGUUUGGUGAUGCUCCAGGUGCCGAUGAAACCUUGCGCGGAGAAGUGCGAGCGUGUGAGAAUGCGUUCUUCGCCGCUCAAGAGGCCGGAUUGGACGUUGACAUGGGUCGUCGGGAGCAACGCCGUAAUGGCUACCAACCGAACACUACGGGAUCACGGGACCCUCGCGAUAUCCCUGCUCUGGGGGCAAAAAUCCCACCCGGUGGUGGAGGCAGUAGCUGGGCCCGUAUCGUGUCCGGUUCCUACGACGAGUCAAUAUUAAUUUGGCACAAAGAUCGUGAUAACAAGUGGACAACGGAUCAUCUACUGCGACACAGUGAUGCCAUCACGAAUUCCGCUCGUGCGAGCCUCAGCCAACUGGCGCGAACCACAGUUUCUGCCCAGGCUCAACAAUUGCAAGCAGCACAGGCUCUGGCGACACUUGGGCAAAAUGCCAAUUCUAACCCCCACGCUGGUCGUGACAACUCACCACUUGUGCCUCCUCUGAUUAUCAACUCUGUGCCAGUCCACCCACCUCCUGCUCACCAUCAUCACCACCAUGGUCACCAACGCAGACCUCAAGGGUCCGCGAUAGCUGCGAGGGUGUUCAAACUCCAGUUCGACGCACGGAAGCUCAUCUGUGCCAGCGUGGACCCUCGCAUUGUGGGAUGGGAUUUUGCCUGCGGUGAUGAAGAUAUAAUUGAGGCGAGUCCAUUCUUCAAAGGGCUUUGA